AAUCUGAGCGUCUUUUUUUUUCGGUAUGCCGCUCCACGAGCAAGGAGCGCCGCGAGGAGAGCGAGAGAACGAAGUGGGCUUGGUGAUGUCGGAAUUUGCACCUAUUUGUAUCUAUUUAGUGAUCAGUCCGCUAGUUUCUUUGAUUCCACUCGGUGUUCCUUUUCCAUUUGCUUCCAAUAGUUCGACCUAUCGAAAAUUGUCGGCCUACGAAUGUGGUUCCGAUCCCUCCGGUGAUGCCAGAAGUCGUUUCGAUAUACGAUUUUAUCCGGUUCCUAUUUUAUUUAUUAUCCCUGAUCCGGAAGUCACCUUUUCUUUUCCUUGGGCAGUACCUCCUAACAAGAUUGAUCUGUUUGGAUCUUGGUCCAUGAUGGCCUUUUUAUUGAUUUUGACGAUUGGAUCUCUCUAUGAAUGGAAAAGGGGUGCUUCGGAUCGGGAGUAACCACUAGUGAAAGGGCUAAGGGGGGAAGACAUAGGAAAGAAGGAUGCCUACAAAAAAUCAAUUGAUUCGUCAUGGUAGAGAAGAAAACGGCGCACGGACCGUACUCGAGCUUCGGAUCAAUGUCCCAGAAGCAGGAGUAUGCCUGCGUGUUUCGACGAGAACACCGAAAAAACCUAAUUCAGCUCUACGUAAGAUAGCAAAAGUACGGUUGAGCAAUCGACAUGAUAUAUUUGCUCACAUUCCAGGCGAAGGUCAUAAUUCGCAGGAACUUCUAUAGUCUUAGUCAGAGGAGGUAGAGUGAAAGAUUCGCCAGGUGUGAAAUCCCAUCGUAUUCGAGGAGUCAAGGAUUUGCUGGGAAUUCCGGAUCGUAGAAAGGGAAGAUCUAAUAUGGUGCAGAAAGACCAAAAUCGAAAUGAAUGGAAGAUGCCUCUGGAACUUUUUGGUUAUUUUUGGGGGGCAAUAUGGAAGCAGCUAGCUCCCUUUCCCUUAUUACGUUACCAGCCCACCGCUAUUCCAAAACCGUACAUGAAACCUUAGCUUCAUAUGGCUCCUCUAUGAUCAGAAAAAAGGAAAGGAUUGUUUCGUUUCGGUAUUAUCCCCUGGGCGUAGAUAGAAUUAGGUAAGAUAAAUUGAUUGGAAAGCCCUAAAUUAGACCCAAGCAAUUCCGUCUGCUAGAAUAACAAAAAAGCGCUUCCGAAUUGAUCUCAUCCUUUAUAUAAUAAAAUGAGAAUUUUUCUUUGUUCGGUAAUAACUUAAUAUUGGAAUAAAACACUCGUUAUAGCAAUUAAUAAAUGGAAAGAAUUGGGCAUUAGUUCAUGAGGAAUUCUGUAUGAAUAGGGAUAAAGAAAGGAAAGAAUAAAUAAAGAUCCUUUUUUGUAUUGCAUUCCAUAUCUUUUGUCCUAUUCUUCUUUCCCCGGGAAGGGUAUACUUAAAUCGAAAAAAAGAAUAAAGGGUUAAUUCGUUCUUGAUAGCCAUUUCCUUAACAAGUGAAUGGGAACAUACUCUAGACCGGAAUCCGAAGAAAGUACUACUUGAUCAUUUCCACCAAUUUCAAGUCCUUAUUACGAUUCCUUUUAUGAGGAAAAAUGUCUAAUGAUUUAGAUUCUCUCAUUACUAAUCCUGUAUGUACUUUAGUGUUCCUAAUCCCUCACUAACUUUUGAUGGAUUGCCUUAUGGUUAUAAGUUAUAGUAAUAACUCAAAAUAUUCUAGUAAUGGAAUUCCAUAUCGCGAAUCCUUUAUUCUUGCCCGCUUCAAGAUAUGAUGACUAAUCAAACAAUCUCAACCUUGGGGUAAAGAGUUUACACUGCUUAUGUUUACUUGAACUUUUUUCUUGUACGUAGGAAAUGAGAUUUUGUAUUUUUACUACAAAUUAAUAAGCUGUUUUGUUUCACUCAUAUAGCUAUCUAGUUUAACUUACCAACCCGAAUACAGAAUAAGCAAAGGAAGAUAAGCAUUCAA